GCUGCUGUUGCCAGGCAACGCCGCAGCGGGCUGGGGAGCGGCCUGGCAGGCCCCGAAGCGGAGCAGGGCAUCAGCACCAGCAGGCAAUGGAGAAGGACGGCCAGAUUAUGAGAAGAAUGGAAGACAUGUUGUGAUUGCUGCAAUCUAUAUGAGGGCUGAUCACUCAAGCCGAUGUGAAACCUGAGGCCAGUCUAGAAGCUUUGUCCUCCACAUAGGAUAUCAGGGUUGGAAGGGACCUCAGGAGAUCAUCUAGUCCAGCCCCCUGCUCAAAGCAGGACAACACCCCAUACAGUUUUUUAUUUUUAACCCCAGUUUUGUAAAUGGCCCCCUCAAGGAUUGAACUCACAACCCUGGGUUUAGUAGCCCAAUGAUCAAACCACUGAGCUAUCCCUCUCCCCUAAAUGUACAAUGUGGCUGGCCGCAGGUGACAGCAAGCCAAGCUAGCCUAGAAUAUUAAAUCUGGCUUUACUCUUCCAUUAGCAGCCAGCUACUGCAUUUGUGCUUUUCCCUGGCACGCACAUGUUUGCGUCUUGUACAACAGGAACCAAUAAACAUUCUCAGUAUUGUGCCAUUCACAAAACUGCCACCUAGGUUCUUAUGCCCUCAUUUAUUGAUGGUGAUGUUGGUUUAGUAACACCUGCUAGUUUCCAGUUAUGCAAUUGAACUUGCUCUGCUGGUGUAAAUUGAUCUAAUUUGAUAUGAAGGUUCUUCAUGAAGAUUUAGGCCCUCAGUCUGCAAGACACUAGCCAGGCAUGUCCCUGCACUUGUGAGACUCUCCAUUUACAUAAGCACAUAAGAAAGGUCUGACCCAGUACAGCCAAAGGUCCAUCUAACCCAGUAUCUUGUCUACCGACAGUGGCCAACGCCAAGUGCCCCAAAGGGAGUGAACCUAACAGGUAAUAAUCAAGUGAUCUCUCGCCUGCCAUCCAUCUCCACCCUCUGACAAACAGAGGCUAGGGACACCAUUCCUUACCCAUCCUGGCUAAUAGCCAUUAAUGGUCUUAACCUCCAUGAAUUUAUAUAGUUCUCUUUUAAACCCUGUUAUAGUCCCAGCCUUCACAACCUCCUCAGGCAAGGAGUUCCACAAGUUGACUGUGCGCUGUCUGAAGAAGAACUUCCUUUUAUUUGUUUUAAACCUGCUGCCCAUUAAUUUAAUUUGGUGGCCCCUAGUUCUUGUAUUAUGGGAACAAGUAAAUAACUUUUCCUUAUUUACUUUCUCUACAUCACUCAUGAUUUUAUAGACCUCUAUUAUAUCCCCCCUUAGUCUCCUCUUUUCCAAGCUGAAAAGUCCUAGCCUCUUUAAACUCUCCUCAUACGGGACCCGUUCCAAACCCCUAAUCAUUUUAGUUGCCCUUCUCUGAAUCUUUUCUAAUGCCAGUAUAUCUUUUUUGAGAUGAUGAUUCCACACCUGUACGCAGUGUUCAAGAUGUGGGCGUACCAUGGAUUUAUAUAAAGGCAAUAAGAUACUCUCCAUCUUAUUUUCUAUCCCCUUUUUAAUGAUUCCUAGCAUCCUGUCUGCUUUUUUGACCUCCAUGGCACACUACCUGGAUGUCUUCAGAGAACUAUCCACGAUGACUCCAAGAUCUUUUUCCUGAUUCGUUGUAGCUAAAUUAGCCCCCUAUUGUAUGUAUAGUUGGGGUUAUUUCUUCCAAUGUGCGUUGCUUUACAUUUAUCCACAUUAAAUUUCAUUUGCCAUUUUGUUGCCCAAUCACUUAGUUUUGUGAGAUCUUUUUGAAGUUCUUCACAGUCUGCUUUGGUCUUAACUGUCUUGAGCAGUUUAAUGUCAUCUGCAAACUUUGCCACCUCACUGUUUACCCCUUUCUCCAGAUCAUGUAUGAAUAAGUUGAAUAGGAUUGGUCCUAGGACUGACCCUUGGGGGACACCACUUAUUACCCCUCUCCAUUCUGAGAAUUUACUAUUUAUUCCUAUACUUUGUUCUCUGUCUUUUAACCAGUUCUCAAUCCAUGAAAGGACCUUCCCUCUUAUCCCAUGACAACUUAAUUUACGUAAGAGCCUUUGGUGAGGGAACUUGUCAAAGGCUUUCUGGAAAUCUAAGUACACUAUGUCCACUGUCCUUGUCCACAUGUUUGUUGACCCCUUCAAAGAACUCUAAUAGAUUAGUAAGACAUGAUUUCCCUUUACAGAAACCGCGUUGACUUUUGCCCAACAAUUUAUGUUCUUCUGUGUGUCUGACAAUUUUAUCCUUUACUAUUGUUUCAACUAAUUUGUCCGGUAUUGACAUUAGACUUACCGGUCUGUAAUUGCUGGGAUCACCUCUAGAGCCCUUUUAAAAUACUGGCGUUACAUUAGCUAUCUUCCAGUCAUUGGGUACAGAUGCCGAUUUAAAGGACAGGUUACAAACCAUAUUUAAUAGUUCUGCAACUUCAAAUUUGAGUUCUUUCAGAACUCUUGGGUGCAUGCCAUCUGGUCCCGGUGACUUGUUACUGUUAAGUUUAUCAAUUAAUUCCAAAACCUCCUCUAGUGACACCUCAAUCUAUGACAGUUCCUCAGAUUUGUCGCCUACAAAAACCAGCUCAGGUUUGGGAAUCUCCCUAACAUCCUCAGCUGUGAAGACUGAAGAAAAGAAUCCAUUUAGUUUCUCUGCAAUGACUUUGUGGUCUUUAAGCGCUCCUUUUGGAUCUCAUUUGUCCAGGGGCCCCACUGGUUGUUUAGCAGGCUUCCUGCUUCUGAUGUACUUAAAAAACAUUUUGUUAUUACCUUUGGAGUUUUUUGCUAGCUGUUCUUCAAACUCCUCUUUGGCUUUUCUUAUUACAUUUUUACAGUUAAUUUGGCAGUGUUUAUGCUCAUGUCUAUUUACCUCACUAGGAUUUGACUUCCACUUUUAAAAAUAUGCCUUUUUAUCUUUUACUGCUUCUUUUACUUGAUUGUUAAGCCACAGUGGUUCUUUUUUAGUUCUUUUACUGUGUUUUUUAAUUUGGGGUACAUUUAAGUUGAGCCUUUAUUAUGGUGUCUUUGAAAAGCGUCCAUGCAGCUUGCAGGGAUUUCACUUUGGUCACCAUACCUGUUAAUUUCUGUUUAACUAACCCGCUCAUUUUUGCAUAGUUCUCCUUUCUGAAAUUAAAUGUCACAGUGUUGGGCUGUUGAAGUGUUCUUCCCACCACAGGGAUGUUAAAUGUUGUUAUAUUAUGGUUGCUAUUUCCAAGUGGUCCUGUUAUUGUUACCUCUUGGACCAGCUCCUGCGUUCCACUCAGGACUAAGUCGAGAGUUGCCUCUCCCCUUGUGGGUUCCCAUACCAGCUGCUCCAAGAAGCAGUCAUUUAAAGUAUCAAGAAAUUUUGUCUCUGCAUUUUGUCCUGAGGUGACAUGUUCCUAGUCAAUAUGGAGAUAGUGGAAAUCCCCCACUAUUAUUGAGUUCUUAAUGUUGAUAGCCUCUUUAAUUUCCCUUAGCAUUUUGUCUUCACUAUCACUGUCCUGGUCAGGUGGUCGAUAAUAGAUCCCUAAUAUUAUAGUCUUAUUAGAGCAUGCAAUUACUGUCGUCGUUCCUUCCCCACCUCGCCACGCGACCUGUUCUGUCCUUCCAAUAUAUUUUGUACCCUGGAAUGAUUGUGUCCCAUUGAUUGUCCUCAGUCCACCAGGUUUCUGUGAUGCCUAUUAUAUCAAUAUCCUCCUUUAUCACAAGGCACUCUAGUUCACCCAUCUUAUUAUUUAGACUUCUAGCAUUUAUAUACAAGCACUUUUAAAAAUUGUCACUGUUUAUUUGUCUGCCCUUUUCUGAUGUGGCCGAUUCUUUAUUAUGUGAAUGUUUCUCUUCUGAUCUGGCCCCUAGAUUAUCCUCUUCCAUCCUGUCCUCCUGACUAAAACCUAGAGAAUCUUUAUUAAUAGACUCUCCUCUAAGAGAAGUUUCUGUCCAAUCCACGUGCUCCUCUGCAGCAGUCGGCUUUUCCCCAUCUCUUAGUUUAAAAACUGCUCUGCAACCUUUUUAAUGUUAAGUGCCAGCUAUCUGGUUCCACUUUGGUUUAAGUGGAGCCCAUCUCUCCUGUAUAGACUGCCCCAUUCCAAAAGUUUCCCCAGUUCCUGAUGAAUCUAAACCCCUCCUCCCUACACCAUCGUCUCAUCCACGCAUUGAGACUCUGAAGCUCUGCUUGCCUACCUGGCCCUGCGCAUGGAAUUGGGAGCAUUUCUGAGAAUGCCAUCUUAGAGGUCCUGGAUUUCAAUCUCUUCCCUAGCAGCCUAAAUUUGGCCUCCAGGACAUCUCUCCUACCCUUCCAUAUGUCACUGAUACCUACAUGUAGCACAACCACCAGCUCCUCCCGAGCACUACACAUAAGUCUAUCUAGAUGCCUCGAGAGAUCCGCAACCUUCGCACCAGGCAGGCAAGUCACCAUACGGUUUUUCUGGUCAUCCCAAACCCAGCUAUCUACGUUUCUAAUGAUUGAAUCUCCCAUUACUAACACCUGCCUUUUCCUAGUGACUGGAGUUCCCUCGCCCGGAGAGGUUACCUCAGUGUGAGAGGAUACCCCAACACCAUCUGGAAGGAGGGUCCCAACUAUGGGAAAGUUUCCCUCUGCUCCCAUUGACUGCUCUACUUCCCUCGACCUUUCAUCCCCUCAACAGCUCAGGGGCUGUCUGACCGGAGGUGGGACAAUUCUACAGUCUCCGGGAAAGCCUCAUCAACAUACCUCUCUGCCUCCCUUAGCUCCUCCAGUUCCACCACUCUGGCCUCCAAAGUCCAUACGCGGUCUCUGAGGGCCAGGAGCUCCUUGCACAGAAUAGGGCAGGUAAUCAAUACAUGCUGCACUCAGCACAAUAAAGUGGUUAGCCUCCACUCUGCUGCUGGGCUUCUGCCUGCAUUCUCUCCUACAGCUACCUAGUUAAUGAAAGGGUAUUGUUUAAAUCAAGAAGUUUUGAAUGUAGUUUAAUUUACAGGUUUUAAAGAACAGCAAGUGAACCUUGUCCCCUUCCCAACUCCCUUGCGAAACUCCCCGUUAACAGCCCUGUUCACAAAGCUCCCUGCAUUGCUUUAUAAAGCCCUGGCCUUCUUGAUAGCCCCGCCCACUGACUGAGGCUCAGCCAAUUAACAGAGGCUUCUAGCUUUCAAACCUUACUUUGAAGCUCACAGCUUCUAACUGCCCGCCACAGCACAUGGUCCUUCAAACAAACAGACAAACACAAGCUCAGCACACAGCAAGUAACCUCGAACAAAAACACACACUACAGGCAGCCACUUACCCCAAGGGUCCUGUAUUUGCUCCUCCUUCACCUGGAGAACUCCCUUGCGAAACUCCCUGUUAGAGUUUGAGUCAAUGACUAGGGUCUCCAAGGAGACUGGCUAGCUGGAUCUUUGCAGGAUUGGGGCUGAAAUACAGAGCACCAAGAAGAUAUAUUUACAGAAUUCCUUUUUGGAGCAUUACUGGAGAUAUGAUGGGCCAGUGUUCCCAAACUUUUUACUAAAGUCUUUCUUCAUUGAGAUUCAGUAGUAACCUUUAAUGAUGGGAGACGUCCUCGCUUAUGAAGCCGAGUUACUUGGAUUGGUGAAAGAGUAUUUAGACUUCACAGAGUUUGAAGACACAGUGAAAACAUUUACAAAGGAAUGUAAAAUAAAAGGGAAGCCAUUACCUAAAACAGCAGGUGGUUCCUUGAGAGAUUCAAAAGCUUUGAUUAUCCAGAAGGAUCUGCUUACAGCAUUUGAAGAUGGAGAUCAGAAAGUUUUCUUUGAACUUUGGGAGCAGCAUAUUUCCUCUUCACUCCGAGACAAUGACCCUCUUGCCCAGAAGCUGGAGUUUUAUCUUCACAUCCACUUUGCCAUCUACCUCUUGAAGCAUUCUGUGGGCAAGCCUGACAAAGCUGACUUCGAUGAAAGGAUUUCUCACUUUAAAACAUACCUGGAGACUAAAGGGGCUGCACUGAGCCAGACCACAGAAUUCCUCCCCUUCUAUGCUUUGCCUUUUGUUCCCAACCCCAUGGUCCACCCUUCCUUUAAAGAACUCUUUCAGGAUUCUUGGAUGCCGGAGUUAAAGGCAAGGUUGGAAAAGUUCCUGUCUCUGACUCUCAAAGCCAGUCAUGCCCCAAGGCUUCUCACUUUAUACAAGGAGAAUGGACAGUGCAGCAAAGAAAUGUUGCAGCAGCUUCAUCAGCAGCUAGUGGAGGCUGAGCACAGGAGCAUGACCUACCUUAAACGGUUUAAUAAAAUCCAGGUAGACUAUCACAAUCUCAUCGGGGUCACUGCUGAACUGGUGGAUUCCCUCGAGGCCACAGUCAAUGGCAAGAUGAUCACGCCAGAAUAUCUUCAAAGUGUCUGUGUUCGUUUGUUUAGCAAUCAGAUGAGACAAAGUAUAGCUCAUAGUAUUGACUUCACGAGGCCUGGAACCGGAUAUUACUCUCUCAGCCCUUGUGAUGACGGAUAUGCAUCAACAAUGUUAAGAGCAUCUUUAGCCCCUGUGAAAAUACAGGAAGUGCCAUUGUUACCUUCUUUGGAUUAUGAGAAGCUGAAGAAAGAUCUAGUCAGCGGGAGUGAUCGUCUUAAAGCUUUUUUACUGCAGGCUCUGCGCUGGCGCUUGACGACGUCUCAUCCUGGUGAGCAGAGAGACACUGUCCUGCAGGGUUAUAUCAGCAAUGACCUACUGGAUAUUCACAACAGUAGCCAGCGAAAUGUGCUAAAAUUGCUACAUUCCAAGAGUGAGGUGGUCCGACAGUACGUGGCGAGGCUUGUCAAUGCUUUUGCUUCGCUGGCAGAAGGUCGGCUCUACCUUUCCCAGAACCCAAAGUUGCUGCGAGUGCUGGAGGAAAGGCUGAAAGCUGAAGACAAGGAUUCCCUUACACGAGAGAAUGUUUUGGGGGCUUUGCAGAAAUUCAGCCUCAGACGUGCCUUGCAGACGGCUAUGAUCAAUGACGGGCUCAUUUUUUGGCUGGUAGAUGUUCUAAAGGAUACGGAUUGCCUCUCAGAUUACACGCUGGAAUAUUCUGUCGCCUUGCUCAUGAAUCUUUGUCUCAGGAGUUCAGGAAAGAAAAUGUGUGUGAAAGUUGCAAACCAUGUGCUCAAAGUUCUCUCUGAUCUCCUUGGCCAUGAGAACCAUGAGAUACAGCCAUAUGUGAAUGGAGCGCUGUACAGCAUUCUUGCUGUCCCUUCCAUACGAGAAGAAGCCAGAGCAAUGGGAAUGGAAGAAAUUCUGCGUUGCUUCAUCAAGGAAGGAAACGCCGAGAUGAUCCGGCAAAUUGAAUUCAUUAUCAGACAGCUCAAUUCAGAAGAGCCAUUGGAUGAUAGUGUUGAGUCUGAUGAUGAAGAGGAGGAUGAAGAUGAUGAAGAGGACCAUGAUACAAUGGAGGCUGAUCUGGACAAAGAUGAGGUGUUACAACCUCAGCUGGGAGAGCUAUCAGGAGAGAAGCUGCUGACAACAGAGUAUUUGGGAAUAAUGACCCAUACACCAAAAGUGAAGAAGAAGCUGUUUCCUGGUGUCCAUCAGAGCAUAGAUGAGCCUCUCCAGAGACCAGUCACCCCGGGCUAUCACAGAACUGCAUACCCAACGCCAGAAAAUGAUGCCAUUUCUUCCCAUGGCAGGGACGGCAAAUUCCAGUCUAUACAUAACUGUCGUCCUCCCACUCAUAGCGGUAGCAGGUCCAGCACUUCCGACUUUUGUAUUUCCUCUGCAGCAAUUGAAACAGACUCAUCCAAGGUAUUCUCAGCGGGUCUCAGAACGGAUCAACAUGUCCCAGCAGUUACUGAAGUCCUGUCUGCCCGAUCCACUGAUUUUGUCCAGGACAAAGUUAAUGGGCAAUCAUACAGCCUGAGAAGCACAAGGACAUCCGGUGUGAGCAAGUGCUGCUGGGACCAGCUUGUUGGUGAGAUAACUCCGAGCCGACCUGAGGACGGGAUGUGAGUCCUGCUGGAGACAGCAGCACUGUGCUGGAUUUGGGCCCUGGUCCAAGACCUUAACUGAAACCUGGCAGGUCGGUCGACCUUGGCAAAGGCAGAAGGCUUCCUGAGAACAACCCGCUGUUUUGUGAAUGUCCGCGCAUUCGUUGGCUUUUGGAAUUCAUCUCAGUAGCAGGAAACAGGACUGUUAGCGCUCAUGGAAAGGCCCUGAAAUCUUUACCAGGUAGCUCCUCUCACUAGGCUCCCCCUCCAUUCCCCCCGGGCCCAACUGCUUCAUAGCUGGGCUGUUGCUUUCAGUGAAAUCCUUACCAUGAAGCUGUGGCCCUUUUUACUUAAAUUUAGUCACCAGUGGAGCAUCUCAGCCUAGAAAGCAGAUGACGUGUUGUUGA